AUGGCCUCGCCCCCUCCUGAUGCCACCGCUGAGAGGAAGCGACGUCAGCAUAGCCCCGACAAUGCUGACAAGCUCGCCAGAUCGCGCAAGGCGAUCAACGUAAGUGAGGCCCGCCUCCGUAGGUCUCUCCGUAAAUCCCAAACAGAAGUCAUCCAGUCACAAGUAGGCGACGGGGUGCUCAACGCACCCGCCGCAGAUUCGGGCGCGAAACUCACCAUCAGAAUCCCGGCGAGAGCGAGACAGGGCGGUCAGCGUGCUGCUAGUCUACCUGCUGGGAGCGACGGGCAUGCAGCUGCGGCUCCAUCGUCAUCUCAGGCAGGGCUACGCCCUGCGUUGGCGCUAGGUGACGGGCUUGUGCAAUCGAGUGUUCCGAGCUCUGGUGUGGUCCCUGGACCGGGCCAAGUUCAGGCGUCUGGCGUUGUUUCAGAGGCUCCUGGGGACCGCGCGAGUGGUCUCUCACAACUGGUUAUGCGUUCCAACCCUUACGUCGACCCAAAUGGUUCACAAAGGCUCCCCGCGUUGCCGACCAUACAAUCCUACAUCCCUGACUCUGUUUCCGCUUCGGUCACAGGCGUCCAGGACAGUCGCGACCUACCAUCGCAAGACUCGCGAUCCCUCAGUCGAUCCAUUUGUCGUGCUAAGUCGGAGGUUUCACAUUUCGAAUUCCAUCCGGAUGCGACGUAUCGAGUCCAUCGGGGCUCAGACGGCGCAAAAAAUCGGAAUGACAAGCCCCAGCAGACACUCCUAGAGCCUAACGGGCGCCGCAUCACGCGUUCAUCCUCCCUACCCCCCCAGCACGCCCUGGUCGUUAGCCCAACUGACGUCGCUGUUUGGAAACGGCAGGCUUCAGAUGCGGACCGCCUAUCUGCCAGGAAGCCAUCUCGUACCCGGCGGGUGGGAGGUUCCAUGGUGCAGGCCGGUGCGCCGCUACGCACCGUCACAAUGCCUCCUCAACUGGACGUAAUCACUGAGGACGAUGAGUCUAGCCUUGGACACUCAGCCGCAGCCGCAGCGGAUGAGCGACCCGAACCAUCGACCUACGCGCAGCAACACACAGAGCCUCAAGCAUCCGAAGGAGGACCGGCGUUGCCCGGGAGCCAGAACGACGUCUUUUCCCGUCCGCCGGCGUUGAACCAGCGCACAGAUGACGACAGUAAUAUGUCGGAUGCGUCGGAUGAACCUCGGGUGUUGUUGAAGGCACUCGCGAGUCUCUCUCAACACCGCGAUUUGGUGGAUACGCUUCGAAAGAUUGACUUCACCAGCUUCGCAGACGACGAAGAUUUUUUGUGGGCUAUGCGAGCACAAAUGCUCGGACGUGACGUUCGCGAUGGUCAAUCUUCCACUAAGGCAACGCCCUGUUCGGCACCUCCAUCUCGUGCCCUGCUGCAUAUUUUGCACUUGGCGACCACCGAUGAGUCGCUCGUGGAAUUUCUCGCUUCCUGCAACUAUGACUACUAUGCGCGCGACGAGGAUUUCCUUGAGGCUGUCAAGACCUGCUUUUCCUCCGCGACAGAAGGUGCGAGUUCGACUUCGCUCAGUGAUUCGGCUGAGAUGCCGCCGCACCACAUUAUUUAG